GCAUCGACCCCGUUGGGUACACCACGCGACGCAAACACACCGUUUAUAUAAAAAAGCCUUUUUUCGUCACAUAUUCUCCUUCUCUUCUCCCUCUUUGAACCUCAAACGAAGAAAUGCGUGAGUGUAUCUCCAUCCACGUCGGUCAGGCUGGUGUCCAGAUUGGCAAUGCCUGCUGGGAGCUUUACUGCCUGGAACAUGGGAUCCAGCCGGACGGACAGAUGCCCAGUGACAAGACUCUUGGAGGAGGAGACGAUUCCUUCAACACCUUCUUCAGUGAGACCGGAGCUGGAAAGCACGUCCCCAGAGCUGUUUUUGUGGACCUGGAGCCCACUGUCAUCGAUGAGGUGCGCACUGGGACCUACCGCCAGCUGUUCCACCCUGAGCAGCUGAUCACUGGGAAGGAGGAUGCUGCCAACAACUACGCCCGUGGACACUACACCAUCGGCAAAGAGAUCAUUGACCUGGUGCUGGACAGGAUCCGCAAACUGGCUGACCAGUGCACCGGCCUUCAGGGCUUCCUGGUUUUCCACAGCUUCGGAGGUGGCACCGGCUCUGGUUUCACCUCCCUGCUGAUGGAGCGUCUGUCUGUGGACUACGGCAAGAAGUCCAAGCUGGAGUUCUCCAUCUACCCAGCUCCACAGGUGUCCACCGCUGUGGUGGAGCCCUACAACUCCAUCCUGACCACCCACACCACCCUGGAGCACUCUGACUGUGCCUUCAUGGUGGACAACGAGGCCAUCUACGACAUCUGCCGUAGGAACCUCGACAUCGAGCGUCCCACUUACACCAACCUGAACAGGUUGAUCAGUCAGAUUGUGUCCUCCAUCACCGCUUCCCUUCGUUUUGAUGGUGCCCUCAAUGUUGAUCUGACAGAGUUCCAGACCAACUUGGUGCCAUAUCCCCGUAUCCACUUCCCUCUGGCCACCUAUGCCCCUGUCAUCUCUGCCGAGAAGGCUUACCAUGAGCAGCUCUCAGUGGCCGAGAUCACCAACGCCUGCUUCGAGCCAGCCAAUCAGAUGGUGAAAUGUGACCCUCGCCACGGCAAAUACAUGGCUUGUUGCCUGCUGUUCCGUGGUGAUGUGGUGCCCAAAGAUGUGAAUGCUGCCAUUGCCACCAUCAAGACCAAGCGCACCAUCCAGUUUGUGGACUGGUGCCCCACUGGUUUCAAGGUUGGCAUCAACUACCAGCCGCCCACUGUAGUUCCCGGUGGAGACCUGGCCAAGGUCCAGAGGGCCGUGUGCAUGCUGAGCAACACCACUGCUAUUGCAGAGGCCUGGGCUCGGCUUGACCACAAGUUUGAUCUGAUGUACGCUAAGCGUGCCUUUGUUCACUGGUAUGUGGGUGAGGGUAUGGAGGAGGGAGAGUUCUCCGAGGCCAGAGAGGACAUGGCAGCUCUGGAGAAGGAUUAUGAGGAGGUCGGAGUCGACUCCAUUGAGGGUGAGGGAGAGGAGGAAGGAGAGGAGUAUUAAAAGGGACAUAAAGGCUUUAGUUAAACAAGAAAUAAUUGAUUGCAAUGUGUUCCUGAAUGCAUUACAAACAGAAAUGUCUACCAAUUACC